UCUUUUUAUUUUUGGAGACAAAACAGAUAACUGCGUUGCUGGUGUAACAUCAGCCACCAUAAAGUCAUCAUUUUGUCGGCUUUGUUGUUAAUUUUAAGCUCUUAAAAUGUUGUGUGAUCCUGAUGAGGAGUACAGCUCCGACGAGGACGAAGACUAUGUGCCGUCAGGUGAAGCAAGUGAAGGUGAAUCUGAAGAUCAUGACGGAGAUGAGGAAGAGGUCGAAGGUCAAAAGACAUCAAAGGUCAAGAAAAAGAGUAAAACAAAACAUGAAAAAGCUCAGGAAUUAAAAAGAAAAAGAGGUAUCCAACUUCCGGAGGAUGAUAUUCCCGCAGAGCCGUCCCAAGAAAAUGACGAUCAAGACAUGAAAUCUGUCUUCAAGAUGGAAGAGAUCAAAGCGGCCGAGAUAAAGAAAGAAGAGAAGGAGAAACAGAAAGCCGAUGAUCUUUGGAGCAGUUUCAUGAAGGAUGUCGGUGCAAAACCUAAACCCAAGCCACUUCCAUCAUCAGCUGGAUCGGUAUCAGUUGCUGGUACUGUCUCAAAUAAGGCAUGUUCAGAUUCCAGUAAGGAGAGUAAACGAACCGAGGAUGCAACGCCACCGACCAAGAAGACAGUCACUGUAACCAAGAUCUUUGAGUUCGCUGGGGAAGAAGUCAAAGUCACUGAAGAAGUUGCGGCUGGUUCAAAGGAGGCCCAGAUGCUCUUGGAUCCCAAACCAGCGUCUGCUAAGACAACUGUAGGAGCUAACUCUGCCUCAAAGAUGCCGCCAUUUGGUGCUAAGAGACCCGCCGGAGGUUUAGGGAAUGUGUUGGGGCUGAUUAACAAGAAAGCUAAGAUUAGCGUCUUAGAGAAGUCUAGAAUUGACUGGAAUAGUUUCAAGACAACGGAAGGAAUUGCAGAUGACUUGAAGAUACACAACAAGGGCAAAGAUGGGUAUGUCGAGAAACAGAAGUUUUUGGCACAGGCAGACCAGCGACAGUAUGAGAAAGAACGAGAUAUGCGAAUGGGACAAGCUAAGAGGUGACAUGCCCAAUCAUCAGGUAGUAAUAGUGGCUUUCAGUCGUAAAGACACUGGACGCGUUUGGCAAUUGUCAAAGACCAGUAUUCUCACUUAAUUAUCCCAACAUAUGC